UAAAAACCCGUCAAAACCGACUCACGGGCUCCAAGUCAAUGAGAAUAACGGCAGUAAUUCAUAGAGGACGGUCCUCACAUCCCCAUCCUCAAGUUUUGUGGUGUUACAUGUUUAAUCCGAGGUAAACCACGGGGAGAGCUUCAUCUGAAGGACGUUUCUCAGAAAUUCACCAUUAACAGAAAAUCCGUCCGGGAAACAAGGGACAGACACAAAGUUUCUCUAUAGAUCUUCCUCUCUCACACACGCACACUUGAAGACCGAGAAUAAUCGCUCUGAAAGCAUGGAGCCCGACGAGAUGAACACUAUCCCCAACGGGAAGGGGCAUGGAGCUGGCGAGGAGACUACUGUGACUGCAAUAAAAAGCCAAUCAGAAGAUGCAGCUCAGGAACUUGUUCCAAAUAGCACUGAAAAUGCCAGUACUGACAGAACUCCAGGUAAUGCAGAGGCAAAUCUGGCAGAAAGCUCAGAGUUCCUGUCCAACGCAGAUGACAAGAAAACCCCUCACUUCACGGAUUUUGAGGGAAAGACUUCUUUUGGGAUGUCUGUCUUCAACUUGGGAAACGCCAUCAUGGGAAGUGGAAUUCUGGGUUUAGCAUAUGCAAUGGCUAACACGGGCAUUGUCCUCUUUGUAAUUCUCCUCACUGUUAUUGCUGGUCUGUCUGCAUACUCCAUUCACCUGCUGCUAAAAUCUUCAGGCAUUGUUGGCAUUAGAGCUUAUGAACAACUGGGCUUCCGAGCCUUUGGCACACCAGGCAAGAUGGCUGCCGGCAUUGCGAUCACCCUGCAGAACAUUGGAGCCAUGUCCAGCUACUUGUACAUAGUAAAGUAUGAGUUUCCACUGGUUAUCCAGGCUUUUCUGAAGGUGGACAAUCCAUCAGGGAAACUCAUUGCAAGAUCAGCACAACCUAUGCAGGACUUGUUAAUUAUUCAAUCUCUCAUCUCCCUCCAGGUGAUCUAUAAGAAGUUCCAGGUGAAAUGUCCUUUUGGUGACUUUGCCCAUAACAGGACAGUGUUGGGCUUUAACACAAGUGUGGCUGCUGAUCCCAGAGGAGUGGAGAUGACCCCUGAGGGUGACCCUGCCUGCACCCCCCGCCUCUUUAACCUCAACUCGCAGACGGCCUAUGCGGUUCCCAUCUUGGCGUUCGCAUUCGUGUGCCACCCUGAGGUGCUGCCAAUUUACACUGAGCUGCGCAACCCUACAAAGACGAAGAUGCAACACAUCUCCAACAUCUCCAUUGGAGUCAUGUACAUCAUGUACCUCUUGGCUGCUCUGUUCGGGUAUCUGACCUUCAUUGGUGAGGCCUAUUACCAUCACUCCCUUUACUAUAUUUGCAUUCUUUCUUCACGCAUGCAGUGACAAUUUUCUCAACAAAGAUAGAACAUAAGUACCAUGAUGACAGGAGUAAGUGACAAUAAAAAUAUUAGUCGGAUUGUAGUGGCAUUUGUAAUAUUGACAUAUUAAGGUGUGGUCACUUACCAUUGCUUGACGAAAUUUAACAGACAAUGACUGAAUUUCGCUUCUGAAAUUUGAUCAGGCAACAGUAAAUGUGCAUGGGAGGCGUCAUUAUAUGUCUUGAGUUAGCUUGCUAAGGCUUAAACUAUAGAAUCCAUAAGAAAGUGUACAGGAUGAGUAAUUGUGUUGAAAAAUACUUAGAUGUAGCAGAUAGGAAGGGA